GUGGCCAAGAUCGCGUCGUGCAUCUCGGAGCCUUUCUACCUUGUGCCCAGUCCGGUCUCCGCUGCUCCUAAGACCUUCACCACCGCGCAGUGCUCGUCCUCCGCUCCACUACACCCAGCCCGCAACGAUGGGAGAGGCCGAGACGCGCCAGAAACUGUUGCGCAAUGUGAAGAAAGAGGUCAAACAAAUUAUGGAGGAGGCAGUGACGAGGAAAUUCGUGCACGCAGACAGCAGUCACAUCAUAUCCUUCUGUGCUGUGGUGGAGGCCUGCGUGCUCCACGGGCUGAAGCGGCGGAUCGCAGGCCUGCUGUGCAGCAACAAGGUGGCGGCUCUGUUCAUGAAAGUGGCCAAAAGCUUCCCGCCUGCCGAGGAACUCUGCCAGAAGGUCCAGGAGCUGGAGCAGCUCAUCGAGAGCAGCAAGCAGAACAAUUAUUCCCUGAGCAGUGACCGCAGUCGACAGGCUAAGCUGGCCAACCUCCCUCCUCAGGCUCUGAAACACCUGUGGGUCAGAACUGCGCUGAUGGAGAAGCUCCUGGACAAGAUUGUCCUGUACUUAGUAGAGAACAGCAGUGCCUUCUAUGAGAAAGAAGCCAUGCUGCUGGAUCCUGUGGACGGACCCAUUCUCGCCUCUCUGUUGGUUGGCCCCUGUGCUUUGGAAUACACCAAAGUCAAGACCUCCGACCACUACUGGACGGAUCCUUCAGCGGACGAGCUCGUUCAGAGGCAUCGCAUCCACAGUGGCCACUGUCGGCAGGAUUCUCCCUCCAGGAGGCCUGCUCUGAUCCAGAAGCGACAGUCUAGCGGCAGCAUGGACGAUCGUCCCCUCAUGUGGGCCAGGGAGUACGUCGAGUCCCUCCACCAAAACUCCAGAGCCACUCUUCUGUUUGGGAAGAACAAUGUGCUGGUGCAGCCAAGAGAUGACAUGGAGGCCAUCCCAGGGUACCUUUCUCUACACCAGACUGCAGAUGUUAUGACGCUGAAAUGGACGCCCAAUCAGCUGAUGAACGGCAACGUGGGGGAACUGGACUCAGAGAAAAGUGUUUACUGGGACUAUGCUAUGACCAUUCGUUUGGAGGAGAUCGUGUAUCUCCACUGUCAUCAGCAAGUGAACAGCGGUGGGACAGUGGUUCUGGUGAGCCAGGACGGGAUCCAGAGACCUCCUCUGCAUUUCCCCAAAGGAGGCCACCUCCUCCAGUUCCUCACCUGCCUGGAGACUGGGCUGCUGCCUCACGGACAGCUGGACCCGCCUCUCUGGAAUCAGCGAGGGAAGGGAAAAGUUUUCCCCAAACUGCGAAGGAGAAGUCCUCACGGCUCAUGCGACUCAGUAUCAGAUAAGGAAGAUGAUGAAGCAACCGAUUAUGUGUUUCGGAUCCUCUUUCCUGGAAAUCAGAUGGAGUUUAUGGCUCUGGAGCUGAUGGACCAGGGUGUCAACCUGUGGCAGCCGACCCCUCGGAAGUCCUCCUGCUCCUCCUGCUCCCAGAACGGCUCGUCCGAUGGCUCUCUGCCAAACGGCUGUAAUCAAGAACGAGCUCCCUUAAAGCUGCUUUGUGACACCAUGAAGUACCAGAUAAUCUCCCGCGCAUUCUAUGGAUGGCUCGCGUACUGCCGGCAUCUGUCCACGGUUCGCACCCACCUCUCUGCUCUGGUCAACACCUCCAUCGUCGAUCCUGACGUGCCCGGAGACGCUCGCGCCGGCCUUUCUGUCGAGGUCUGGGACAGGAUCCUGAAGGACAGCGCCGCCUAUGAGGAACAGGAGAUAUACAGACUUGUGUACUUUGGGGGCGUGGCUCCUUCCCUUCGCAAAGAAGUCUGGCCCUUCUUGUUGGGACACUACCAGUUCACCACGACGGAGACAUCCAGGCGCGAGAUUGAUGAGCAGAUGCAGAUCGUGUACGAGCAGACCAUGAAGGAGUGGCAGGGGUGCGAAGCCAUCGUCCAGGAGAGGGAGCGAGAGAAGCACGCCGAGGCCCUGGCCAGAUGUCUGUCAGGAGCCAGCGUGGAGAGGGGGCCGGUGCAGCGCGACUCCACCAUCAGCACAGACUCGUCGCUCAGCUGCAGCUCAGACCAUCAGAACGCGAACUCGCAAAGCGACUCCAGCGGCAGCGUGCAGGUAUUUGGAUCGGUUGAGACAGCUGAUCAGGCUGAGGUUGAGCUCAGGCCUGUAAAAGAAGAAGCACAGCCCAGUAGUCCAGUGAAGGACAUCCCCAGUGACGCCACAGGUCCUCAGCAACCUUCAACCUGCCCAGAUCUCUCAAAUCCACAUCCAGCCUCAGAAAACCCUCCAGCCCCUCUGUCAGACGCACCUGUUGAAUCUAUGACCCCGCAGCCGUCAGUCAAGGCGUCAGAGACAGAGGACAUGGAGACCGUUUCAGAGGGUGACUUACUCGAGGGAACUGCAGGGAUUAAGCCAAAGGAAACGUCUGCAACUGAGGACAGACCUUUGGUCCAAGACACAGAUCAGGCGACGACUGAGGCGUCUAAGGCUGUAGAUGCCAGCAUGAGCUUGAGAUCUGCCCCAGAGACCACUAAUGUGCUAACGCUAGAAACAGAGAUUCAUAACGAAUACUUCCAAGCACCUCCACUUGGGCAAAUCCUCACGUUUCAAGCACACAAGAGCAAAGACCUGGAAGCGGAGCCUUUAUGUGCCGCUACAACAAGCAGUGAUGCCAAUCAAGCAACUGAGCAGAACCCAAACGUCUCAGAAAUGAACCCGCACCAAGUGGUCGAGGAAGCGAAGGAGGCCGAGGCCCCCGCUUGCGACCCGGCUGAAGCCAAGAAGGACAAAAGCGCAGAGACUCCGUUCGACAAACCUGACUCCAACUCACCAGUCAGACAAGUCCUGAACGCCCUUCAGUCCGCGUCGCGGGGGAGCCUGUCGUUAUCGUCCCACUCACGCCAUUCGCCAGACACCGCCGACUCCGACGACUCCCCGUCCGCCCUGGAGAUGGAGGACAUCCCUGCAGGCAUAACGUGCGUGACCUCCGAGGACGUCAAGGCCAGGCCCCUGGCGGGCCUCGCCGCGCCGCCCGCCUCCCUGUCGCGACGGGACAAGCCGGCGCCCUCGGACCCGGCCUCGGACCCGGCCUCGGUCCACCAUCUGGACACGCCGUGCAACACCAGCCCGGAGGGCACCGACCUGGGCCUCUCUGAGGAGGAGGCUGAGAUGGAGAACGCGCUGGCUGAGCCCGAGUCUGCGGAGGUGGGAGGAGGCGCCAAGCAGGACGAAUCCUCCGAAGAACAGACCUAUUCCCAAGAAACUCUCGACAUGUACCUGAUCAACUUGCACCGGAUCGACAAAGACGUCAGGCGUUGCGAUAGGACAUACUGGUACUUCACCCCUGACAACCUGGAGAAGCUGCGUAACAUCAUGUGCAGCUACGUGUGGCAGCAUCUGGACACGGGCUACGUCCAGGGCAUGUGUGACCUGCUGGCUCCCCUGCUGGUUAUUCUGGACGACGAGGUCAUGGCAUUCAGCUGCUUCACCGAACUGAUGAAGAGGAUGAACCAGAACUUCCCCCACGGCGGCGCCAUGGACUCUCACUUUGCCAACAUGCGCUCUCUGAUCCAGAUUCUGGACUCUGAGCUGUUUGAACUGAUGCAACAGAACGGAGACUACACACACUUUUAUUUCUGCUACCGCUGGUUCCUGCUAGACUUUAAACGCGAAAUGGUGUACGAUGAUGUGUUCUCCGUGUGGGAAACGAUCUGGGCAGCCAAGUACACGUCCUCCGAGCACUUUGUGCUCUUCUUUGCUUUGGCCCUGGUGGAGACAUACAGAGACAUCAUCCUGGAGAAUAACAUGGACUUCACAGACAUCAUCAAGUUCUUCAAUGAAAUGGCGGAGCGGCACAACGUUCCCCAGGUCAUGAUGAUGGCUCGAGACUUGGUCCACAAAGUGCAGACGCUGAUCGAAAACAAGUGAUUCACAGUGCUGCUCGUCAACUCCCACAGAUUCCUUGAGCUAAAUUGUUUCUUGGUACUCACACAAUCACACAACAGCCAUGUGCUAAAGAGCAAAGACAAUAAUUAAAUUCAAUGAAUGACAAAUGUUGAUUUAAAUUAUUUAGAUAGUUGUAUGACAACUUAUCUCCACAUUUCUUUCUAUAUGAAUACAUUUAUUUUGUUAUUGUUCACCUAGUGAAUGUACCUUUGUUAAAUAUGCUUCAGGAUGUCAUUUAUUUUGCCUUAAACUUUACUAUUUUUUCAGGGAUACAGGAACCAAAUUCUUCACCGAUGAAUUUUAAAUUACGCCUGCCACACUCACAUAUUGUGAAACGCUUGAAUAUCUUUUCUGCAUUAUCAUUUGGCUUAAGUGCAGCUGCCAUAGUUGAACAUCUUGUGACGCGCUUGAAUAGAUUUCCGGUGGUUCCACAUAUUACGGACCCAGCUGUGCUCGUGUUUGGUCACUGGUGCGCUUCUCCACAGCCAUUCCGAGGGCCGGUCGCGUUCCUCUGCUCCCGUUUGCCUCCGAUGCACAAAAGCAGGGCGUCCAGACUGCACCUCUCGACUCUGCACGGUCUGGCAUGAUUGCACAUGCUUUGCCUAUAGUGUGUCACCAACCGCUCUCGCCAAACGUAUGCGUGCCCUCCUCCGCUAUGCAUUAGUGUGAUUCAGUCUGCCUAAUCACUGGCUCCGCAGUUUAGCGUUUAAUUUCUCUGCAAAUGCUUCACUGCAGCCACGCACAGACUGUGAUAUCACAGACAUCACACAAUGUGACGGUUGAUUUAAAAGUGGUGUUCAACCUUAAAAAACACACUUCCUCCUUUUGCAGGUUUGUGCCCGUCCUGAGCUGCUGAUCUUGGUUGCCUUGUCUAUAACGCGCUUCAUAGUUGCUUCCAUAAGUCAACACAAGGUUCCUGAUGCAAGCUUUUCAGUUACCUCAGUAAUUUUCUUGAAAUUGCGACUCAACCACGUUUUAUUGAUUCCAGUAAAGCUAGUGUAUGUACAGUAGGCGCUUCCCAGCUCCAGUAGCUUGCCGGCUUCUUGCAUUCUUUCGUGUGGAUAAAAGGGCGACGUACUCUACUCACCCAGUUGAGUCUGUCUGAGGAGCUCAUGUCAGGUUUCCUCUUCAGUGAACAUGUGAGUUUCUGUUCACUUUCCUCUUUACAACGCUGCUCAGACCACUUACAGAAGUGAUCUUCUUAAAGCUCUUAACAUGUUUUAAGCACCAGAAAUAUUAAAUUUGAAGGGUCACUUCAGUGGUAGCUAUUCAGUGGUAUGUAGCCAUGGAUGUAAUGUAUGUUUGAUAUAUGCACCCCAGGGUGUUCUGCCAUCGACCCACUACAGUGGAAGGUUAAUUUGGAUUUGAAGUGUUAAACGUGAGCUAUUAGAACAUUUAAUGUCGACAUGUCCUGGAGAUGUAAUGAGUCUGAUAGCUUGGCAGACAUCGAAGUUUUAAAAACAGCUCUUUACAUGAACACGUUUGUAGGGAAGAGGUUUCAUUGGUGCCGUUCUCAUUUAUAAAACAGCCAAAGCACACUCACAUCUGAUCCACUGUGGCUUGAAUUCCAGUGUUCGUCUCCACGUGAGCUUUGAUAACAUGCCUGAGUAUUGCUGUUCCUGUAAUGCUGUUUGUUGUCAGAUUAACCGUAUACGAUGUGUUAAAAGCAAACUGACUUAUUGUACAAAAAUAUAAGCGAGUCAAUAUUAAUUAAAUGCAAUACAAUGAUAUGGGCUUUGUCUCAUUAAAAAGGAAAGCUAAAAAUUAUCUAGAAGCAACAAAGUACGCUAUUGGAAAUAAAUAUAUUUUUAAUUUUUGUCUUCUCAAAUGUUCUCUCAGUAUAUUAAUUUAUUGUGUAUUAAAAAUAUAUUUUGCA